CCGGGCCGGGCUGGAUCGGCCCCGGGACCGGGACAAGGACCGGGAUCAGAACCGGGAGCGGGAUCGAGACCGGAGCCGCCCAGCGCCGGCCGAGGAGGCGCCGGCCGGGCCCUCCCUACAGGACGCGGCGGCGAUGCUGUGACCUACAUUCGCUACAAGGAGGUCCCCAGCCCGCCGCCACCGCCGCCGGGCCAUGAAGCGACACAAGUGACGGGCCCGGCGUGCCCGCGGCCAUGGCCAGCCCGGCACCAUGGCUGCGCUGGACACAAACAGAGCUGACGCGCUGGCACGGCCAGGAGGAGGAGGAGGAGGAGGAGGAGGAAGAAGACGACUUUGAAAGGCGGAUGGACGAGGAUGGGGUCAUCGGCCUGGGGGAGGGUGCCAGGAGCCCCCCGUGGGGUGGCAGUGAGGAGCUGGAGGAGGGGUCCCCGACAGAGGAGGGGCGAUGGCACCCGCGGCAGGAGCCGGCCGAGGACGAAGAGCGGGGCAGCUCCGGGGGGGACGAGGGGCCCUUAGGGGCAGAGAGCGAUGGGGACCCCUACCCCGAGCUGUCCUCCGGGGGCUGCUGGGGCUCGGGCUCCAGCGGCAGCCCCGAGGCGAUGAGGGACGGCCGGGCUCUGUGCCAGCCCCGGGGCUGCAGCACGGACAGGGGGGACACCUCAGGGCUCUCGGACACCAGCCCUAGCCCUGGCACCCCGUCCCGCCAGCACCGGGGCUGGGGCACGGCCGGGGAUACCAUCGGGGGGCACAGGGAAGAGUGGAGCCCUAGACGGAGCCUCCCCCUGCAGCUCUCCACCGAUGGCCCCAGCCCCGAGUGUGUCCCCGAGCCCCAGACAGCUGGCACAGGGAUGGCACCUGCUGGCUCGGCACCCGCCGGCCAGCCCCAGGGCGCCGGGAGUGCCCCAGCACCCCAAGGGCACGGCAGAUCCCGAGUGCCCAAGAAAGCAGCGCCCGCGGUGGUGCCCCCCAAGCCCGCCCGGCAGUCGCGGUCCCUGAGCCCCCGGAGGCGAACGGGUGCCAAGGGGACGAAGGAUCCCUCGCGAACGGGCACCGAGGGCACCCAGUACGGCCGAGGGCGCCUCAACCACCCCCUGCCCGACCUGUCCAAGGUGGAGGCGCGGGUGAAGUUCGACCAGAGCUACCGCCCACCCCGGGGCCGGGUGCUCCCUGCCCGCCCCCGCGGCCCCAUCGGCUUCAAAUCCCCGGCCGAAAUCGUCCGGGAGGUGCUGCUGAGCAGCGGCGAGGGGGCGUCCCCCCAGCCCCCCAGCACGGCCGGGCUGCCGCAGGAAUUCAGGUCCCCCAGACAAGCCACGGCGCUGGUGCAGCAGCUCCAGGACGACUACCACAAGCUGCUGACCAAGUACGCCGAGGCUGAGAACACCAUUGACCAGCUGCGCCUGGGCGCCAGGGUGAGCCUAUUCUCCGACCCGCCACAGCCCAGCCGCAGCCUCGCCGUGGGCACCGUGGCUACCGGGAGUCGAGUGAUGACCCUGAGCAUCCCGCAGGCACGGACAGCGGCUCUCGGUAUGGCCACAGCCCCGGCUCCUCCAGGUGCAGCUGCAGCCCCGGGACCGUCAGAGCGGGGGGGUUCACCCCAACCUCGGUCCCCUCCUCCGCCCGGGGGGAGCUGCCCCACCUGCCCCGGGCCCUGCUGCUGCCCCGGCCCCCGGCUCACCCGGGCCCUGGCAGGGCAGAGCCGCCGGCUGCAGGCGCAGGUGGAAUCCUUCGAAAGCUGGGUGCGUUCAGGGACCCCUACAGCCUCGGAACAGCUCCAGAGGAUGAGGAUGCUGAAGGACGCGCAGGAUGCGCUGGAGCGGGAAUACCUGCGGGGCCGGCAGCAGCUCCCGGCAGCUGCGGGGGAGUUUGAUCCUGACCGGGCAGUGGAAGGGGAGAUUUACCGCCUGGGGCUGCGCCUGGAGGGGCUGAAGGAGCGGCUGGAGCCGGGGGGCAGGCGGCAGCCCCUCCCGCAGCCCCUCCCGCAGCCCUGCUGCCCCCCAGCCCCAUCCCCACCUCCGGCUGCCCACUCCCCAUGUCCCGAGGUGAGCUGGGGGUGCAAAGGUUCCCCAUCCCCACCUCCGGCUGCCCACUCCCCAUGUCCCGAGAGCCCUGCCCUGGUGGAGGAUCCUCGGGGGACAGCAGGGGACAGCGAGGGGGUGGCAGGGGGGCUGCCCUGGCCCCUCUGGCACAAGCAGUGCCAAGUAGAGGAGGAUUUCGGGGACCUGCUGGAGCAGUACAAGCACUUCAAGUCCUUGCCAGAGUCACUGAGCGUGGAGCGGCUGAGCCUGGCAGAGAGCCGGUCCCAGGAGGAGGUGGAUGCACCCACGGCUGGGGAAGGUGGCCCCAGCAAGGUCCCCUGCAGGACACGGUCACUCGAGGAGGAGCGCAACCUCGACCCCUUGGCCUUGCACCUCCCACAGAGAAGAGCUGUGACACUUCCGCCCAGAGGACCCCCAAACCUGGAGGAGACACGGGGCCACCACUCCCCUGCCACUGCUGAGGAGCCACCAGCCUCUGCCAAGUCCGCCCUGGGGGUCCCUGAGCCACCACGGGUGCCCCUUUCCCUCGGUGGGACGGGCAGCAGUGCCACCCAGCACGGGCCCUGCAAGGAGCAGCGCAUCGUGUCCCCAGAGACUGACAGCGGCUUCGUGGGCUCGGAGGCCAGCAGGGUGUCACCCCCCGUGCACACCCCCGAGCACCACCCCCCCGGCCCAGGGGCUCCGGGCUCUCUGGGACCAUCCGUCCCCAUCCCCAGCAGCCUCCAUUCCCCACGGAAGAGAGAGACGACCCCGCUUCCCUCCGAGACAGCACUGAUGGGCAUCUACCCCCCGGGGGGCACAGGGGGGCCCCGGCUGCCGCCCAGCAGCCCCUCUCAGAGCAGCUCCCCCCCUCACUGGGCUGAGGGCAGUGAGGUGGGGCCGGACCCCGACGGUGAUGGCACUCACACGGACUCGGAGGUGGGGGACAGGAGCUGUGCCAGUGCCGGUGGCCACCCCCCAGCCAUGGCCAGGAGCCCAACCAGCCCCCUGCCCUCCCUCGAAACGCCGUCCCCCACCCUCCUGUCCCCCGACCUGCCAUCCCUCGACCUGGCUCACUGUGACCUGCUGGGCUCCCGUCUGGAGCGCGACCAGGCCAUCCGGGCGCUGCAGGACGAGGUGUGGCGGCUGCGGCGGAGGCUGGAGGAGAGCCUGCUCCGCUCCCGCAGCCAUCCCGAGGGAAAAGCCACUCCCCGUGUCACCAGGAGGCAGCCGGUGGCCAGCGCACCAUCGGCCCCGCAGGACGCGGCACCUUCGGGGGAGCCGAAUCCCCCGGUGCGGGGCAGGGCGGCCCCCGGGGUCACACCCACGCGGAGGGAGAGGUCGGCAUCGCUGCCACGGGGCAAGCCCGAGCUGGACCUCGGUCUGGAGCUGGGUCCCAGCGGAUGCCACCCCCCUUCCCUGUCCUCUGCCGCAGCCUCCGAGUCAGAGCCUGGGCCCCGGGCACCCCCGGCCCUUCGGAAGCACCUUGGGAAGCUCCCGGGGGCAGUGGCAUUCCGGGGACAGUGCACAGGGACACGGUACCAGGCGGGGACACCGCAUGCCACCCCGGCACCCCGAGAAGAGCCGAGCACCUCGGGGUGUCCCCGAUGUCACAGGGGCAGGAUGGCAUCAGGUGCAUCUGGGGGAGGUGCCCCUCCCCGGCAGCCCCAGCACAGCACCCCCAGGAGAAUGUCCUGCCCCACCUGCCGGGCACCCACGGGCAGCAGGGACACAGCCACUCAUGCAGAGCGUGUCCCUGGUGGCUCUGGUCCCCCAGAUCCCCAUGCUGGAGCCGAGAAGCCGGAGCAACCCGGAAUUUGGUACUUGGCAGCCACCCCUGCUGCCACCGUCUGCCUGGCACCCGUCCCCCUCGUGCCUUUCGUGCCCUCCAUGCUCUACUGCUCCCCAGCAGUUCCUACCUCAGCCCCAGCCCUGGCCGGGGUCCCCCUUGGUGUCCCUGCAGGUCCCCGGCGGGCAGAGCGUCCCCCUCGGCCCCAGGGCCGCCAGCGCUGCCUGAGCCUGGAGCUGGAGGAGCUGGAGGAGCUGAACUGGUGCCUGGGCCGGGCGGUGGAGGCUGCCCAGAGCGCCAGGCUGAGCAGCAGCCGCCUGAGCCGGGCCUUGGCCACCGAGCUGGGCCGGCCGCGGGGCCUGCGUGGCUCCUGCCUCUUCUGAGGGCCCUGCUGGCACCCCCAGAGCCUCUGGUGCCACCAGAGAGGAGAACGGGCCCCUCAUGGUCCCAGCACUGUGUGCCUCCUGCCAGACCUGGGGACAG